CAAGCGGCGCCUGGAGUCUAUUGACGUUUUUUUUUUUUUCUUUUGAGGUGUUUGCAACAUGCUUUCUGUGUUUGAGCGUGAUUACUGGUAUUGGGGCAACUGACAUUAUCGACAUCUCUGCGACAUGGAGGACAUGUCGUCCUUGAUACAUGGGCACAUGAUGAUGCCUUCAGAGAUUUGCGGGUACAAUGCCUCAAGGUUCUCGGGUGCUUGGCAUAGACUGACCAACAAAAAACGACUGUCUGCGAUACCACAGAGGGCAUCUCUUGCGAUUGUAUUAGAGGGGAAAAUCUUGUUCAGCUAAGGUGUUCAGUUGACACGAGCAAAGACAGUAUAAGUGACACCGCAGCACUCGCUUGGCUCAUAAACUCGUCUCCCUGGUCUAUCUCCCGAACGUCUUGACUAGGAAGCAUUCAGUCCCGGGCUAUUAUACCAUGUGAUGGUACAGUACCCAACGAGGUGGGAUGUUGUGAUGGCCCAGUUACCCU